AUGGCAUCCAUUGUUGUAAUCUUGAGCUCAGUUCUUCUCAUAUUAUCGGCAUUUUCUCCAGGGAGUUCACUAAACUUUACUUUCUAUGACAAAACGUGCCCCCAAGCCGAAUCAAUCAUUACAAAUGCUGUCAAGAACGCAACCUCGAAAGACAACACAGUUCCGGCAGGUCUACUCCGGAUGCAUUUCCAUGACUGCUUUGUCAGGGGCUGUGAUGCCUCCGUGUUGUUAAACUCAGAAGGGACAAACAAAGCAGAAAAAGAUGGGCCACCUAAUAUUAAUUCCUUGCAUACAUUUGAUGUCAUUGACAGUGCAAAGAAAGACCUAGAAGCUUCGUGCCCCGGCGUUGUCUCCUGUGCUGAUAUUGUGGCUCUUGCAGCAAGGGAUGCCGUUUCUCUAGCUGGAGGUCCGAGUUGGAAUGUACCCAAAGGAAGAAAAGAUGGGAGAACAUCAAAGGAUAGUGAGACAAUUACAAUGUCAGGCUUGCCAGCUCCUACCUUCAACAUAUCUGAACUGCAACAAAGCUUCUCCCGAAGAGGUUUGUCAAUGGAUGAUCUAGUCGCUCUUUCAGGAGCGCAUACUAUUGGGGUUUCCCACUGUUCUUCCUUCCGAAACAGAAUCCAGAACUUCAGUGCCACGCAAGACACCGACCCAUCAUUGCAUCCAACACUCGCAGCAAGCUUAAAGGGUGUUUGUCGAAUAGACAGUAUGGGAAAGGAUGGUGUUACCGCCAUGGUUCCUUCUUCAACAACCUUCAAUAACACGUACUACAAGUUGGUCCUCCAAGGGGAGGGCCUGUUCUCUUCCGACCAAGCCCUGCUCAAUAAUCCAAGAACCAAGCAUUUGGUUCGCAAGUUUGCCGACUCGCCGGAAGCUUUUAGAAAGGCCUUUGUGAUCUCAAUGAUCAAGAUGAGCAGCAUCACAGGUGGAGAGGAGAUUAGGAGGAAUUGUAGUGUGGUAAAUUGA